GUGUGGAAGGAGGCGUUUGUUCCGGGAGGGAUUUAGGCGGCGCUUUCGCUUCUAAUCUGCUUCGAGAACAUCUGCCGCCGCUCCACUUGUCGGUGACAUCUUGCUAUGGUGGAAAGGUUUGGAGGACUGUUGCUCCGGGGAUCCGCCGCUGCUACCACCCAGUUCACCCUGCCUUUGGCGUAAAGGCUGCGCUCCAGUCGCAGGAAGGGAAAAGAUCCAGAAAGGCUCGGGAGAAGAAGGCAGGCUAAGAGAGCGAGGAAGCGGCUGCCACAAAGAGCUCACCUUGGAAUAACCUGAGGAGGAGGAAGAGGGGGAAGGAGGCAGCAGAGAAGGAAGGAAGGCAGAGGCCCGGGGCCUGCCCGCCCCGCCCCGCUGGCUCGGGUCUGGCCGGGACCAUGCAUUCCGGGAGCAAGGUGAAGAGCGAGUACAUGAAGCGCUACAAAGAUCCCAAGUGGGACACGUGCGGCUCGUGCUACCGGGAGCUGCUGCACUAUCGCCUGAGCCGGCGGCUGCUGGAGCAGACACACAACCCCUGGCUGUGGGACGGUUGGGGGCCGUCCAGCAACUCGGACGAUUCCUCGUCUUCGGGGGGUGGCGGGGCCUCCACGCCCCCGGGCCCUCAGGGAGCUUCGACCUGGUCUCCACCUCCGACCCCACCCAAGCCCCUAAGAGAGGGAGUGGAGGAGAAGGAGGCCGAGGUCUCUGAGGAUGAGGACGCUGCCAGCCUCCCAGAAACAUCUGGAAAAGACAUACAAGAAAAAAGUAAACAGCAGAGGGAAGCAAAAGAACAGAUAGAAGUGAAAGAUACCACUGAGCAUCCUCGCCAAUGUGCCUUGCUUGCUAAAGCAGAUAAGAAACCAGCUAAAAGUCCUCAAAGACCAAGUAAAACAAAAGAAAUCAAACAUCCGUUUGCUCUUUAUGGCUGGGGAGAAAAACAGACAGAUACUGGGAGCCAAAAAACACAUAAUGUAUGUGCUUCUGCUUCGGCAAAACAGAUUCAUGAAUCAGCAUUACGAGCCAAGAAUAGAAGACAAGUGGAAAAAAGGAAACUGGUCAUUCAGAGGCAAAGAGCCUAUUCUGUAGAUGUGCAGAAACCCAGAAGGAUCAAGCCUUCCUCUGCAGAUAAUCCAUGGAUGACAGAAUAUAUGAGAUGCUACUCAGCAAGAGCUUGAGGAAAGAAAAAUGUGCUUGUAUAACCUCAUUAAAAACAACAGGACAUUGGUUUAGAAAACCAAAUGAUUAUGUAAGGUUUUGUUUAGGGGGUUCCCAAAAGAGCGUUUUUUAAAAUGUAUUCUGGUAACCUACCUCUGUAGUAGGGCAGAUAGCUGAAGCCAUAGACAUUUGAAGUUAUUCAUGAUGAUCAUUCCCUAAGUCUCUGGUAUUCUUGAGUUUUUGAAGCAUCUUAAUCUUUGGAGAAAAUGACACCAAAUGACUUUUAAGUGGCAAGUUUUAUAAGAUGCUUAGUAAGCAGUAUUUCAUAACUGCAUAAGGAGCCCAUUCUCUAUCUCUCUUGAACACCAGCAAACCCUGUAGAAAGUAAGAUGGUUCCAUUUUGUACCUAACACAAGCCAGUUUUCAAUUAUAUGAAAUUUUACCGAGUGGAAGAAUUAAUAGCUAAAGGACAGUCAUUUCUGAUAGCUGUUCUUUUGAUCCCUAUCAACUCCUGAAAUGAGUUCUGGUAAAAACUGAACUUACUCCAUUUUUUUUUCACCGGCUCAUUUACCGUUUCAUGUGGAUAGCAACAUUCAGCAUUUUUCUAGGUUUGACCUCACUUUUUCUCUCUACUGUGGCACUUAUUAUUUUUAAUACCCCAAACACAUUCCAUUUGAGAGAUAUCCAUGCAGUAAAUAUUAGGGUAGGACUGAAGUUUCUUUGUGUCAAAGACUGUCACAAACUAAGUUUCCCACUGCAGAACUUUUUCUCUCGGAGCACACUCCUAGUGACUUAAGACCUGCUUGCCCGAUUUUAAUCAUGUGCUUUGUCACUUGUGUACCAGUUGGAUUUUAAGAAUAAAUGGGCUUCAGAGCAGUAAGUUUUAGAAUUUAUACUCAAACUUAGAAUAAAUUUAUAAGUAUUGAGGUUCUGGGACUUAUCAGGAAGGGGCAUCUUUUAGAAAUUAUGUCAGGACAUCGGGGUAUAGCCUCAUUUCUACUUGCAUUGCUUUCCUUUCCAAAACUAAUUCAACAAUAAGCAAACUUGGGCUUUAUGCAGUCUUCCUCAGACUUAUUAAUUCACUGGCAUUCCUUAUUUGAUAUUCUUAUGGCAGGACAUAGUCUCAGGGAAGGAGUGUAUGUUUCCCUGCAUUAUGUGUAAGAAUUCAGGGGGAAUUCUCUCUCUCUUGGGCUCCAAAAUGUCUUUAAAAUAUAGUUUCCAGCUGAGUCUGAACAUGGCUUCUUUCUCCAUUUGUUAGGGAUGGGGACCUGAUUGUAGGCUCUGAUUCUAAAGAUCCUUAAAAGGAAAAGGAAAAUCUUGCAUAUGUAGCUCUAGCAGCCACAUGAACAAAAAUUAAUGUUAUUAUAACAGGUGCUUUUAGAUGUGAGACUAAAGUUUUUAUUCUCAGUCUAUGGAACAGUGCAAACAACUGUAGUGUAUAUAUCUACUCUGCUUACUAUUUUUCCCCCCAUCCUCAUUUGGUCUUUAAAUAUAUUUUACUUGUUUAGUUAUAAAUAUAUUAAGCUUUGAAAACUGAUUUCUAAAUAGUAAUAGCCUUUCUACUUAAGUGUAAUUUUUGACCUUUAUAUGGUUUUGAGGUUCAUUCUUUUGUUCAGAGAGCUGUCUGUGCUUGUCAUUGAACCAUAUGAUAUAAGUUAAGUGAAAUCUCUUUAUUCCAUAUAUCAUCACCAAAACCAAAUCACCAAUGCAUGUCAGCACUUCUGGUGAUAAUCCUCUAAAGUCAUCAUUAGUUUAUUAUGCUAUAGACACUGGAAGUACCAGAUGUCCAAAUGAAUGUGGCAAUGAAUGGUAGUUGUGUAAAUGCAUAUAAAAUUCAGUGUUCUCAAGUAAAUUCUCACCUGGUUGGAUUUAGUAAUCAAGCUUAAACUUUUCAUAUCACAGCUGACAAUCAGAAAGUGGCACUGUGAAGUAAGGUAGGUUUUAAAUGUCUAUAAAUAGCCUUAGAAAAUUCAUUUUCAAUUCAAUAUUUUUUAAAAGCCAGCCUUUUUCUAGUUUAGAAAACUGACUUGCAUGUAACUAACUUACUACUGUGAAAAUCCAGACAAACCAACACAAAGCUGAAAGGUGAAACUGAUCAAAAUAAUUUUGUUCUAAAACAACCAGAAGUAUAACACAAGUAAAGUUUUAACCCUAUUUUUUUUGAUAUAUACUGAUAACUUACAUUGAUUUCUUUAAAAGUGACUAUAAUGAUCUUGUCAAUUUUUUUAGAGGUAUAGGAGAGACAUUGAUUCAACUCUCCUUUCCAUUAGAUUACAACCUAUGAAACUCAAAUGUCUUAUCAAUUUUUUCCUUUCUUAUAAACAAAUAUAAUUUCUCAUAAU